AUGCCGGCGGCAAACUCACAGCCGCCGGUUAAGCUCUCGCUCCCCCUGCAAUUUCAGCAGGAGAUCUAUCAGGUCCUUCGAACUGAGGAUGUUCUUGUCAUCCUUGCUCGGGGCCUUGGUCUUCUGAAGAUUGUCACAAACCUGCUUCAUUCGUAUGAUGCGGCAGGCAAUUCUCUCGUUAUAGUUGUCGGGGCAGAAGACCGUGAAAAUGAAUGGAUCGGCGAAGCGCUAGCAGAACACUACGCCGUGUCUCGGAGUCCCCUGGCGAAAGGCCUUCGCGUCAUCAACACGGACAAAGCCACUGUGGCAGCACGGGAGAAAAUCUACGCUGAUGGAGGCAUUGUCUCUGUCACCAGCCGGAUCCUCGUGGUAGAUCUUCUUUCCAAGCUGCUAGAUCCAGAAACCGUGACUGGGUUGGUUGUCCUGCAUGCAGAGCGUGUCGUCGCAACCAGUACCGAAGCAUUCAUUGUACGAUGCUUCAGGCAACACAACAAAAUCGGGUUUCUCAAAGCCUUUAGUGACUCUCCCGAACCCCUGACUUCAUCAUAUGCGCCUCUAGCAAGCAUGAUGCGAAAUCUGUUCUUGAAGAAGCCAUCAUUGUGGCCAAGAUUCCAUGUCUCGAUUGCGCAAAGUCUCGAAGGCAAGAAGAAAGCAGAAGUCAUUGAAUUGGAGAUUGAGAUGACUGCCUCGAUGAAAGCAAUACAACAAGCUAUCAUGGAAUGCGUGGAGACGAGCAUUUCAGAACUCAAGAAGGCCAACUCGGGACUUGAGAUGGAUGAUUGGACGCUGGAUUCUGCUCUCCAUCAAAAUUUUGACGCCAUCGUCCGCAGACAACUCGACCCGGUAUGGCACAGAGUCAGCUGGCGAACGAAACAGAUUGCAAACGAUCUCACGGUUCUUCGCACGAUUCUACACUCUCUGCUCAGCUACGACUGUGUUUCGUUGCUGAAAUAUCUCGAUACAGUUCUUGCAACCCAUUCACCACCCCCAAACUCUAAACAGCAAGAUCAAUCACCAUGGCUGUUUAUGGAUGCUGCUUCGGUCAUAUUCAACUCAGCUAGAGACCGAGUUUAUACUGGCAACGUCGAAGAUAGCGGCAUCCUGCCUACAUCUAAGUUACCGGAUUCCCUAGCCCCAGUUCUCGAGGAGCAACCGAAAUGGGCUGUUCUGGCGGAAAUCCUUCAAGAGAUCGAGACUGAUGCUUAUUUGAAUCCAACGCGGAGUGACUCGAAUGAUACGGUGUUGGUGAUGUGCGCCGACCAAGGAACCUGCCGUCAGAUCCGAGAAUAUCUCCAGACCAUGCAUGUGAAACCUCUGUCUCGAGAGCCAAGCAACGGACAAGCCCCUCAUGAACUUGAGGAACAGGAAGCCAAGGGCUCUGCAGAGUUCAUGCUGAGGCGUAAACUCCGAGAAUAUCUCGGCUGGAGAAAAACGUUCGCUCAAGUCAGCGCGUCAUUGUUUGAGGAGAAUCAGAAGUCUCUUAAUGAAAUCAAGGGCAAUAACACCGCGACAGCUCGACUUGGUAGCAAGGCACCCGCCAACAAGCGCAGACGUGUACGAGGUGGCGGCGCUUCGGGCCUCAACCCGUUGCGCACGGCGAACGGUGCAGUGGCCAUAGUUGAGGACAAAGCAGCCCAGGUAGCCGGAUUGUUGGCAGAGCUACACCCGACAGAGGCUGAGGCGCUUCAAAAGGACGAUAUCGUCAUCGACGAUCUCAAUGAUGCUGGCGAAGACUUUUUCGAACUGUACAGCCCGGAAGACCAAGUUGUUGUUCAUCCAUACGAUGGCGACCAAGAUGACCAGCUCCUUGAAGAGAUCAGGCCAAAGUACAUCGUCAUGUACUCUCCAUCGGCGGACUUUAUCAGGAGGGUCGAGGUCUACAGAUCAAGUCAUUCGGACCGCAGUGUACGGGUGUACUUCCUCUACUAUGGUAACAGCGUUGAAGAGCAGCGAUAUCUAUCAGCCGUUCGUCGGGAGAAAGAUGCUUUCACGAGGCUAAUCAAGGAGCGAGGCAGCAUGGCAGUCACACUUACAGACGCUGGAAAUCUGGAUCCCGAGGACGCCUUUCUACGCACCGUCAACACUCGAAUCGCUGGUGGCGGUAGGCUUGCAGCCACUGCUGCUCCUCCGAGAGUGGUGGUAGACGUUCGAGAGUUCCGCUCAUCCCUCCCAAGUUUGCUGCACGGUCGAAGCAUGCAAGUUGUGCCCUGUCAACUGACAGUAGGCGAUUAUGUCCUGUCGCCAGAGAUAUGUGUGGAACGAAAGUCGAUACGAGAUCUAAUCGCCUCCUUCAAGAAUGGACGACUGUUCAACCAAGCGGAGACGAUGCUCCAGUUCUACAAGUAUCCGUUUCUGCUCAUCGAAUUUGACCAAAAUAAAUCCUUCACCCUAGAUCCGUUUGCAGACUUGACUUCUGUCCUCAAGGCUCCAGACGCCGAGACCAGGGAUUUGCAAACAAAGCUGGUGCUCCUGACGCUUGCCUUUCCCAGGCUCAAGGUCAUUUGGGCAUCCUCGCCCUACCAGACGGCGGAAAUCUUCGAAGAACUCAAGAAGCAGCAGGAAGAGCCAGACCCGCUGCGAGCGGUGCAGAUUGGCCUAGACGAGAACGAAAAUCCAGAAGAGAGGACGUUCAACACUGGGCCCCAAGACCUCCUGCGGACGAUUCCUGGAGUCACGGCGAAGAAUGCCAGUCGCCUCUAUCUCGAAGCCAAAAACGUGCUGGAAGUGGCCAACAUGAGCCUCGAGGAGCUCGACCCCCUCGUUGGUAAGGAGUCGGGACGACAGAUCGUCAGGUUCUUCACUCGCAGGGUUGGGGACGAGGAAGAUCAGUCAAUGUGA